GAGCAGCAACAGAGUUUAUACGUCUUUUCCUCUCUCACGCGCAUUCUCUCUCUCUCUCUCUCUCUCUCUCUCUCUGUGUGUUUAGAUUAACGUCAUCAUGGAAUUCAAAACACUUUCAUUCAGUUUCCGUAAAGCUGGGUGCAGCGUUUAGAUCGUCGCGCUGUAAAAACGGUCCGAAAGAGACGUGUUUCUGAUGAGCUGCAGCGGGUGAUCUCUGAAAGGAUGGAGGACGGAGAGCAGCUCGCGCGGCGCGGAGACGCCACCAUCGGUCGCGCGGGUCAGGAGCAGAACGAGCUGCUUGAGGAGCUGGUGGCGCGUGACGAAACGGGAGAAGUGGGAGCGCGAGACACGGCCACGGUGGAGAGGAGACAGCCACGCAGCUGCCACGACGCUGUCAGGCAGAGAGGCACUGAGGUCAGCAACUUAACAAACCUCAGCACCCACGAUACAACACUGGAUAAAGUGCUGCUGCGUGAGGAGGUGCUGGCUCUGCAGGAGGAGGUGGCUGAGCUGAAGCGGAUGAAGGAGAUGCUGAAUAAGGAGCUGGAGGAGUGUGGGGGUGGAUGCUCUGCUGAACUGCUCUCUGCCGCUGAACUUCGAGUGCAGCUCUCCCACCGAGAGCGAGACCUGGACCGGGCCAGCGAGGCACUGCAGGCGAUGAAGGCGGACCGUAAGCGGUUGAAGAUGGAGAAAGCCGAGCUGGUGAAUCAGAUGCAGCAGCUCUAUGCUACGCUGGAGAGCCGGGAAGAGCAGCUCCGAGACUUCAUCCGCAAUUACGAGCAGCACCGCAAAGAGAGUGAGGAUGCAGUAAAAGUGUUGGCUAAAGAGAAGGACCUGCUGGAGAGGGAGAAGUGGGAUCUGCGGCGUCAGACUAAAGAAGCCACCGAGCUCGCGGUUGCGCUGCGAUCCGCCCAGGAACUGAAAGAGAACAGAAUCAAAGAGCUGGAGGCAGAACUGGCCAUGAUGAGUAACUAUGUGGCCCAGAAACUCGAGUGUCAGCUGUUUGUUCGAGCGCCCGAAAAGCCAGUCUCCCCCAGAAACAUGUCGGCUAAGCAGUCUCUGGCAACGCUCACUAAGGACGUUCCUAAGCGCCACUCUCUGGCCAUGCCCACAGAGGCUGUCGUCAAUGGCAACCAGGAGUGGGUGAUGCAUGCGGAGAUGCCUCUUACUGCAGCCAUCCGUCAGAGUCAACACAGCCUUUAUCACACACUCGACAGACAUGUGUUAAAGGCUGUGCCCCAGUGUGUGUGUGAUGUUGACGGAGUGUGUGUGGCACACGCCUCAGGCAGUCUUCGCCUCAGUCCUUGUCACUCACGGCAACCGUCAAUGAUGUCAGACGCCUCUGCUCUGGAGGGAGAGCGAUCAUCCACGCCGUCUGAGCUCAACUCACCACGACACAGAACACACUCUCUCUGCAACUCUUUAGAAGACCUGGAGGACCAGAAGAGGAGAAAGAAGAAGGAGAAGAUGGGCCUGAGCUCUCUGUCACGCGUGUUCGCCCGAGGAAAACAGAGGAAGUCUCUCGACCCUGGCCUUUUCGACGACUCUGACAGCCUGUCCAGCCCGGGCCGUCUGAGUGCGAACCUGUCGGACAGUGAGGAGCAGCUUGACAAACUGCAGCAGGUGGAGCUGGCGCGGGCCGUGCCCAUGUCCCGGUGGCGAGCUGGCACUGUUCAGGCCUGGCUCGAGGUCAUCAUGGCCAUGCCCAUGUACAUCCGUGCCUGUGCAGACAACGUAAAGAGUGGCAAGGUGAUGUUAGUCUUAACUGACAUAGAUCUGGAAGCUGGUUUGGGGAUCAGCAACUCUAUGCAUCGCAGAAAACUGCGCCUGGCCAUAGAGGAUUACAGACAGGCUGAAUCGGGUCAUGGACUAUCGAAUGCUGCAGAUCUUGACCACCACUGGGUGGCGCAGGCAUGGUUAAAUGACGUAGGCCUGCCGCAGUAUUCCCAGUUCUUCCACACGCACUUAGUCGAUGGACGCCUAUUGAGCACACUCACACGAGCAGACCUGGAAAAGCACCUGCAUGUGUCCAAAAAAGCCCACCAGAGCAGCCUGCUGCUGGGAAUCCAGCUCCUACACAUGCUUAACUUUAAUAAAGAGCUGCUGCAAGCAAGGCGAGAAGACUGUGAGAACCAGAACUCAGACCUUCUGGUCUGGACCUGCCAGCGCAUUAUUAAAUGGCUCAGGGACAUCGACCUGAAGGAGUUUUCUGGCAGUCUUCAAAACAGUGGUAUUCAUGGUGCUGUCAUGGUGCUUGAUCCUUCCUUUAACACAGACUCCAUGGCAACAGCAUUAGGUAUCUCUGCAAGCAAGCACAUGGUCCGUCAGCACCUGAGUGAAGAAAUGAAAGCCCUCCUUGCUGCUGCAAGACUGGAACUGGUUGAACAGGAAGUUGAGACCGUGGGAACUUCACCUACUAUACCCCGUCAGAGCUCUCUGGGAUGCUCCACGAUAAGCCACUAUGAUGGCCAACACUCCUUCCGACAGCUCAAAGUCAGGCCUCAGGUAAGCUUCAAUCUGAAGAGCCAUGGUGGAGUGGACAUCACGUCUCUAAACGCGAGCUGUGAGGAUGCCACACCCCAGCCAGAAAACAGUCCAGCCAGAAACCUCUCUGCUGCUGACCUCACUAAUGUCUAAUCCUAAUUCUAUAAUCUUAAAACAUGGUCCAAAGACAUAAUGAGCCUGAUCUCAAGUGUUUUAGCUGUAAUCAAAUGGAACGAUGGAAGUCGAUGGAAUAGACAUUUAUAUGAGUUUAUGCUUGUCAGUCAAAACCUAUUCUCUGGACAUUUUUACGAUAAUGUUAUUAAAUGUAUGUUUUGUAUUGCCAA